CUCCUCCCCGCCCCCGCUCUCCCUCUCUCAUCUUCAUUUUCGUCUUUCUUUCUUUUCUUGUUGUUUGAGCCACCAUGCCCUCUGAAGCGCAGCAGCAGCCGGGCUCUUCGUCCCACAUGAUGAAGACGACAAAACGAGGCAGGCCGUUCCUCAAGGACACUCUUGACUUGUUUGCGACGCUGAUCGUCUCGCUGGAGCUUACCUCCAAUAAACAAUUCUUCCGUACUUUCCACAAUUCCUUUACAACGGAUGAUGCAGCACGGAAUCUAGCGGCCCUCAAGUUCUCUCAAUCGAAUCGUGGGCCAGAUCCUCGAGAACCCUCAAGGGUAGUUACGACGACAACGACAACGACUUUCACGAUGACGCGGGAGAUGGCGAAGGCAAUGUGCCAGCAGUUCAUGGAUGCGCGUCUCAUAGAGAACGCGGCAGAUCCUGGUUCUAAUCUCUUCAAGGACCGUGGUGUCUACGUACUCACGCCGAAGGGCCUACACGUCCUUGAACGUUUCAUGAGCAAGAACGGUAUCGCCUCCGACAAGUUGGCGCCUGUGUUCGCGACACAGCCUAUCUGCAUGAAGCUCUUGCAUCUUGAGCGACGGUCUGUCGACGACGAGAUCAUCGUUUCUCAUUCGGUCAUCACCGCGCUUUUCAGACGGUUUGUUGGGCGCCAGCCUAACUAUCCUCCGGAAUACAUCGACACGAUGGACGCAUUCCAGAAAUACAAUGAGCGGUCGAAGGGUGUUGCACUCAUGGACGUGACGGAGAGAACUCCUGGAGCGAAGAACCCGGAGAAGCACAAGUACUGCUUCGCAGCGGUCACAGCUUUGGAGUGGCUAUGCGACCUCACCUCAGUCAUUGGGAGGGAAGAAGCGGCUGAGAUGGCUGCGCAGUUCGUGCGCUUUGGACUCAUCCAGCUAGUCAGUGACAAGCGCAAGAACAAUGACUCUGCUAUCAUCUUCACGGUGCGGGGCGCAGCAGGAGGCGCUAAUUCGUCUAUAUCGCAAGUCGGUGAGUUCCGAUGCACAGCGAAAGCAGUUUACAAAGUCACGGAGGAGGGCCGCCGGCUGGCCCGUUGGGACUCCAACGGGGCUCAGAACUCGCCGAAUGCAUCGUCGUCGAACAUUGGUACGCGUUCAUCCGAUGACCACGGUGGCGACAAUCAUGCAGGCGAUAACGGGCAGAAGGAGAGUAACACCGACCGCCUCAGGUCUAUUAUCGAAGAGCCACAGCUGCGACAGUUGUUCCGCGAGUUCUUGCGCAACAAUUUCUGUGAAGAGAACCUAUCGUUCUACCUUGAUGUGCAGGACUUCAAACGCAAGUUUAACAUCACCUCCAGCGCCAUUGCCGCUACUCCUAGUAAUCCCCGUACCGGCUCAUCGAAAGCGACACCAGGCCAGGCUGCGAUGGAGCGUCAUCACGAGUCCCUCAUCCAGAUGGCAUUCGUGAUCUAUAACACGUAUCUGGCGCCGUCGAGUCAGAUGGAACUCAACAUCGACCAUGGGCUGCGUAACGAGCUCUCGGGAUACCUGAACGAGGUUAUCACAAGCCUCACGGGGAAGUCGUUCCAAGGGCGGGUGGAGGUUGAGCAGGCAAACGCGUUCAAUGCGACGCAGCUACAAAAGAUGAUUCAACUCUACGAGCGUAUUCAGACGCACGUCUUCCGUCUCAUGGCCACAGACUCGGUGCCAAAGUUCAUCAAGACACCGCGAUUCCUUGCGCUACGAAUCAAGCUCGACAACGAGGACGACGUCGCAAUUGACGACUAUACAUUGAUGCAGUCGAACGCUUCGACACCAUCGGUGCCACCAGGGCUCGGUGAAGAGGAAGUGGGCGGAGCAUAUGUGACCGUAUCACUACGGGCAGUCACACAGGACCGGGCACACGGCGGCGAGCGACCAGCGUCAUGAGCGGAUAAUCAGCCCGUUCCUCUGACGCUUGUUGUAAUCUAUGCAUAGCAGCCCCGGCUCUCGAUCUCAUAUGCUUAUGUUAUUGUCGCUCACAUCUCAUGCCUCCACAUGCCCACAUGCCCUUGCACAAUGUAUGGCCCUUCGGCGCAACACACCUCGUCUUAUCUUCGUUCGCAUCUGCAGUCGCUUGUUCUGUCGCAGCUGGCACCAGGCUCCUCUGGAAAUAUCUGCAUCUAAUUCCGCUGCCGUCGCUCUCAUCCAUACAUCUUUUUCCAUCAUUGCAUCUCUAUCUUUCAAAGACAUUUCGCCUCCCGGCGGUGCCGUGGUACUCAUUGCAUCGCCUCACCAUCUCUCUGCACCUGUACUAUUUCUACUACCUUACGUAUUGUAGAGCUUGCCGCUCCUAAUAACAUCACUGUCCUCUCAUUAGUGCAGAAUCAUAAUACAUGUUUUGUACAAG